AAAAUCACUCCACAAAUGAAAAAGUAUUAUUCAUUUGUCGUGUACCAGAGGCAUAUAUCGCAUUUCUAAAUAACUGCAUUUCUCUAUAAAUUUUUCUUUUUUCCUAGUUGCAGUUUGCUGAGUGCCCAGCAGAGGUCAGCCAUGUCCCACAUCAACAGUACCGAGCUGCAGUCUCUCCUUCUCUCCGUCCUGCAGCACUGCCUCAACAGCACGAGCUUUCUGUCUCCUGCAGGGCCUGCUGAGAACUUCACUACCCAGCAGGCUGUGCAGCACGUGGCUGCAGGCAGGGCCCACACUGAGUCUCAGGGAAUCAUGUACAUCCUGCUGCUGGUGGGCAUGUUCAGCUUCUUCACGUUCGGUAUCAUGCUCAGCUACAUCCGCUCAAAGAAGCUGGAGAGCUCUCACGACCCGUACCACCAGUACAUCGCCCACGACUGGAACGCGGCCACGGCGCCGUCCAGGGCCGUCGCUCAGGCUCUGCGCAGGGUGGCCACGGGUGAUGGAGCGGGCAGCAAGGAGCCCGUCGUCAUCU